CACUCUGCCUUCUGACCAUCCAGGACCUUGUUCUCCACAGGAUGGGUCCGUUCCUGCCCCUGGCGCUCUGCGCCCUGGCCGCUUGCUGUGGGGCGAGGUCCCCACCUCUGAUGCCACUGAAGCCCCCGCUUCUCUUACGGGGCUGCAAUGACUCCGACGUGCUGGCCAUGGCAGACUUUGCCCUACAAGGCAUCAACAAGGACCGGAAGGAUGGCUACGUGCUCAGCCUGAACCGAGUCAGCAACGUCCAGGAAUACAGAGAGGCGGAGAGACCGGGAUCCCUGUAUUAUCUCACUCUGGAUGUUGUGGAUACUUACUGCCACGUACUCAGCAAGAAGUCAUGGAAGGACUGUAACGUGAGGCACCUGCAUGACAGGGAGUAUGGUCAAUGCAAAGCCAUGUUUUAUGUUAAUCGGCCAAGAAGGGUUCUCCAUUUAUUGGCCUAUAACUGUACAAUUCGCCCAGUUAAUGGAAGAAAGAUUCACAGCAUGUGCCCUGAUUGCCCGAAACCCACCUCCAUUGAUGUGGCUGAUGUGUCCAAUCAGCACGUUCUGGAAGCUGCCUCUGAGUCUCUUGGAAAAUACAACAGUGAGAGCCCAUCGAAGCAGUUUUCUCUUGUCAAAAUUACCAGGGCUUCCAGCCAGUGGGUGUUUGGCCCUGCUUACUUUGUGGAAUAUUUGAUUGCAGAGUCACCAUGUCUCAAAUCUCAGGUGUGCGUACUUUCAAUCCCUGCCUCUCUGCCGGUUGCUCUUUGUAAAGGUUCUCUGAGUCGAAGACACAUUGAAAAGUUUGUCUCAGUGGAAUGUGACUUCUUUAAACCAGAGACUCCUGCCCCUGGAGAAGUAAGUGUUGCUGUUAAUGCGGAGCCUACAGACCGCCCCAAAGUGGACGCCCUCCAGAAGAAAGACACCACCCUCACCGACUCACCCCCAGAGGCGGAGCCAAAAGGAUCAGUCCAAUACCUCCCCAAAUUGGAUGAGGAGAAGCCUGAACAGUCCCAAGAACAGGGUCCUCAUGAGGCCUUCCCCGUGCAGCUGGACCUGACCACCAACCCCCUGGGCGAAGACGUGGAUAUCUCCUUCCUCUUCAUGGGGCCCGUGGAGGAGAAGCUGCAUGUCCUGCCUUUCCCCAAAGGACACCAUAAUAAUUGCCCAGGGCCAGCCCAAGACCCCGACCCCCUCACCCUCCCCCCAUGAGCACACUUGGAGGACUCUUGAGAGGAGGGCUGCCCUGCAAGAGAGGAGAGGUGGUGGGGAAGGAACAGACAGAUGGAGAGUUCACACACUGAAAGUGGGCAAAUAAAAAUUGUCUUUUCAUUCA